UUACUCGGGAGCUGUGCAGGCUCAUCUCCGAAUGCUGCUUAAACAGUCCUCAGCAUGCCGACAUCCAACCAGGGCUGGCCUGAGGAUUUUGGCUUCCACCUUGGUGGGGCUGGACCUUGCUACAUCUUGUCAGUGGAGGAAGGCAGCAGUGCCCACCUGGCAGGGUUGCAGGCGGGGGAUCAGGUCCUGGAGAUCGAAGGCCACAAUGUGUCGACGCUAGGUCCUCAAGCUGUCAUCGCCAUCGCCCAGACUCAGAAGAACAUCCCUCCCAGCAUUGGAGUGGUGUCCCGCAUACAGCAGAUGGACAUCACGCCAGGUCCAGAUGGUCGUUUUGGGUUUACCAUUGUGGGAGACUGCCCCCUACUGGUGGAGGACUGCUCUCCUUGUUCUCCAGCUGGCCGUGCAGGCCUGAGGGCUGGGGAUUAUGUCAUGGAAGUGAACGGUAUCCCAGUCAGGCAGCACGAGAUGGCUGCGGCACUAAUCAAGGCAUCCCAGGGGAGGACACUCCGCCUGGGAGUGCUGUGCCUUGGGCCAAGGCACAAACGGAGCAUCAGCAUAGAGGACAGUCAGAUGGGUGGAGAGGGGGCGAGACUGGACCGCAAACACAAGGCUCUGGAGUUCAACAGGAAGGUCGACCAGAUUUUAGGUGACGAUCCCGAAGUGAAAGAGAGACUCUUUGCUGUGCUGAAGCAGUACGCCGCAGAGAAGAAAGUUGAGUGGUUAGCUUCUGUCCUGCCGGACAUACUCACCACUGACGAACAUCGACAGCUCAUCUCCAGCAUCAGAAUCUUCAUUCCCAAGAAGCACCGGCAACGCUUCGACGACACCGUCUCCCAGAACGUGAUCAACCGACUCUGCCGCAGCAAGAGCAUCAGCGAGCCGCAUGGCAGAAUCCGUCGCAGUCGGAGCGAGGAUCACUCCGACCGCCACCGCGGGUCCAAACGGGCCAGUUCAGUGCCAAGGGAUGGAGGAGAACCCGGAGGGAGGGGAGAAGCGGAGAGAGACAGGGGCUUAAGGAAGUCCGUCUCAGGGAUACCCGUGCAUCCCCCUAUUGGACCCAAUCAGAGGAUCAUCCGUGUCUACAGGGGGAAGAAGCACUUUGGCUUCACGCUGCGGGGUCACGCUCCCGUCUGCAUCGACUCCGUCAUCCCAGAUAGUCCUGCAGAGGAAUGUGGACUGAAACCAGGCGACCGUAUCCUCUUUCUCAACGGACUGGACAUGAGAAACUGCUCCCAUGAGAAGGUGGUGUCUAUGCUGCAGGGCAGCGGAGCAGUGCCCACUCUCGUGGUGGAGGAGGGUCCAUCUGACUUUUCUUCAGACCAAACAGAUGCAGAUGAAUCCUCUAGUCUGGCCCCCGCCACAUUGCCACGCUCUAGGUCUCCUGGUCUCAGUUCUCUGCAGUGGGUUGCAGAGAUUCUUCCACCGAGCAUCAAAGUCCACGGGCGGACUUUCAGCCAGCAGCUGGAGCACCUGCUGACCAUCCAGGAGAGAUACAGUGUCUGCAAAGCUUUAGAGACGUUCUUCCAGCACAGGAACGUGGACACCCUGAUCGUGGACGUGUUUCCAGUGUUGGACACUCCAGCCAAGCAGCUGAUCUGGAAGUUCAUCUACCAGCUGCUGACCUACGAUGAACAGGAGCGCUGCCAGGGCAAGCUGUCUCGUUUCCUUGGCUACAAGAGCAACGCAUUAUUAGAGCCUGACAACGGUCCAGAGCACCACCGGCGCAGCAGCUCCAUGCGGGUGACGGGGUCAUCGUACCGCAACAACGUCCGAGAGAGGAGCUCCGAUGACUGCAUCAUCGGGACUCACCUAGGAAUGGGAAUUCAUAUCGAUGAAUCCGGGAGCCCGGAGGAGAGGCAGUCAGGAGAUGGAACCUCCUUCCCCGAGUCCCCUGACCUCAAUCAUAUGACAGGUGUGUAUACGGAGCUGGAGAACGUGUACGCAGGAAAGAGUGUGCCUCCUCUGCAGUGCGGCUCCUCACCAGAGCCCGAGAGCCCUCUCUCUCCCCUCACACUCCCCACCCUCACAGGUAAUCGUAAAUCUGGCCUGUCCCUGUCUUGGAAGGAGCCUCUUCCCACUCCCGUGUAUGAAAUCCACCAUCAAAGCAGCGUAGACUCCAACCCUUAUGUCAGUCUGGAGAGCCCCCCGGCCUCCCCUCAUCACUCAGACAGCGGCCACAACGUGCUGACCCACCGCAAAAAACUGUUCACCUUCUCCCGGCCGCCACGCAGCCGAGACACAGACAAGUUCCUGGACUCUCUGAGCGAGCAGCUGGGCCACCGGGUCACUCUGGUGGAUGACUUCGUGCCCGGGGAGAACGACUACGAGGAGAUAUAUCAAGGUGGUUGUCAUGGUUUCAGAAGAAGAGUUGUGCCUAUGAGCUUCCAGGAGGACCAGGAAAUCGGCUUCAUGCCCCGGCAGCUCAGCAGCGGCAGCAGUGAGGAUCACAGCAGCAGUGACGAGGCCUCUUCUCCCUGCUACUCCUCUGGAUCCGAACCGAUCCCACCACCUCCCACCCAAAGCCCCCCGCCUCCUCCGCCCUUGCAGGCUCUCAUACCCCCUCCCAUUCCGUUUACCGACCCUCUCCCACCAGUGCGCUUCUCACCCGAGCACGUGCCCCGCAGCCGGAUGCCCUUCCAACCGCACCACCCCAUCAUCCCUCCUCCUCCACCCCCUCCGAGGACCAUCCUGUCCAGCCGCUCUCCCCUACACAAAAAGCACCCGAGCAGAGACGAAAAUGAGAAGACUCUCCAGCGCUUCCAACCCACCACCCGCCUCGGCCACACAACCCUGACCUCCACCAAAACUUUGCGCUCCCGCCCUACCUACCUCCCACGACAGUUCAGCCAGCCUCAGCCUAUCCGCCAGCCCUCCCCGCAGCCCUCCCCGCAGCUGCUGAGGCCGAGCCAGCUCGUCCUGCAGAGGCACCACCAGCUCCACCACCAACACAGCUACCAGGGCCCACUGCCGCCGUCCCUCCAGGAGCACAGCCCAUCCCAAUGUCAGAGCCAGGGCCACGCGGGCUCCUCGCUGCUCUCGCAGCCUCCAACCUCUCACUCCUCCCUCCCCAGUCACAUGAAGACCUUGGAAACCACAAGGCAGGAACACCACACAUCCAAACAGGCUCCACCACCACCUCCUCCACCAUUACCUCCUCCUUGUGACCCACCUCCGCUGCCCAAGCUGGGCCAGAAAGCCUCAGACGCUAACCACAUGAGUGUAAAGAGGCUCCGCUGGGAGCAGGUGGAGAACUCUGAGGGAACAAUAUGGGGUCAGCUCGGGGAGGAUUCGGAGUAUGACAAGCUCACCGACAUGGUGAAGCACUUAGACCUGGACCUGCACUUUGGGACUCAACGCAGAUCCAUCUCUCCUCCAGAGCCAGCCUUCCAGCCAGAGAACUUAAAAAAGAAAGACGUGGUGGAGAUUCUGUCUCAUAAGAAAGCCUACAAUGCCUCCAUCCUCAUCGCCCAUCUGAAAAUCUCCCCCGAAGAGCUGCGUCAGGUGUUGAUGAACAUGACCACCGACAGGCUGGAGCCGGCCCACAUCAAGCAGCUGCUGCUGUAUGCCCCAGACGAAGAAGAGGUGAAACAGUACGAACAGUUUGAUCAGGACCCGGGCAAGCUGAGCGAGCCGGACCAGUUCAUUUUCCAGAUGCUAAUGGUGCCUGAUUAUAAGACUCGCCUGCGGAGCCUCUACUUUAAAACGACCCUACAGGAGAGGACGGAGGAGAUGAAGAUCGCGUACGAUUACAUCUACAAGGCUUCAGUGGAGCUCAGGAGCAGCAAGAAACUAGCCAAGAUCCUGGAGUUUGUUCUUGCAAUGGGAAAUUACCUGAACAACGGGCAGCCGAAGAGCAACAGGACGACCAGUUUUAAGAUCAACUUCCUAACUGAGCUAAGCACAACCAAAACAGUAGACGGGAAAUCCACCUUUCUCCACAUUUUGGCCAAGUCUUUGUGCCAACACUUCCCAGAGCUGCUCAGCUUUCCCAGAGACCUCACAACAGUGCCUCUGGCAGCUAAAGUGAACCAGAGGGCCAUUACAACAGAGCUGAGUGACCUUCACUCCACCGUGCAGGACAUCAGGGCGGCCUGUCAGAAGAUCCAGUCUACCCCUGACGAUCACUUCACUUCAGUCAUGAGUACUUUCCUGGAGAACAGCCACCCUGCGAUCCAGUCUCUGGAAUCUUUGCAGACCAGAGCCAUGGAGGAGUUCUCCAAGGUGGCCUCCUACUUUGGAGAGGACAGCAAGUCCUCCAGCACAGAGACCUUCUUUGGCAUUUUUUCAGAGUUCGUAUCCAAGUUUGAGAGAGCUCUCAGUGAGAUCCAGACUCCGGAAAACCCCAGAAGCCCCAGACUGUCUUCCCCUUUGGCCUGGUAGAAGCAAGAAAUGCGGGCAGAUGUCGGGCCAAACCGAAAAGGCCGGCUGGCUCAGUUUUCACUCUGCUCUCUGUAACCAAAGUGCCAAGAUCACACACAGACACUCAAACCAACGGGAACAGAGACCACGUCAUCUAUAGCAAACACAAUGGAAACGCGCUGUAUCUGUAUGUAGAUAAACCACAAGUUAACGAGUGCCCCGUGUGCAGCAGUGCUAUUACUUCAGGUGCUGGUAGAGCAGGACUAUUCAGGUGUCCACAGAUCAAUAGGAACUCCACAGCACACACGCAAUACUCCCGCCAGUUAUUAACGUUAUUUACAUCUCUUUUUAAUGCGCAUUAAUUGGUAAGUUUGUAACGAUUGUUAGAAGGAAGCCUUUCAAGGCCCUUGAUUGCGAUGCUGCAUUAAAGUGAGGUUUAAGCAACGACAACAACUGGUAUGACUAUUUACAUGUUUAUUAUACGACUAUAUAAAGUUUAUAUUUUCUAUCAGAUCAUAUUUGAAAAUUGUAAAGACGAAGCAUAAAUGUAGGCUGAUGACAGUUAUCUGGACUCAAGAUGACUGACAGGUGUAGUUCAGUGUUAGUGUUUGAUGGUGCGCUCACUGCCUCCCAUACUGCAGGAUAUAUUUUAAACAUUCAGAAAUAGUAGACGGUAGGAGUUUUUAAACUAUUUAUGUCCAAAUUGUGAAUCUAGAACAUGAAUUGUAUGACUUGUAGUCAUAUUUAUUUCCUUUACUGUGAAUUUAAAUGAAAAUCAUUUUUCUUUUCUCUUCUGAUAGAGGCGAGUUAAAGUCACACACACCCAGCUCUGGUCCUAAAGUGUUGAGGAUCUGAUGUCUAUGGAAGCAAAGCAAGGCCGUAAAGAUUGUAGAAAUUUACAAAUUUAAGUUUUAUUAAUAUUUAAAUUUUUCUUCUUGUUAUUAUUAUUAUUAUUAUUAUUAUUAUUAUAAAAUGUGUUAAAAUAACUCAAGCCAAAUGUCAAAACUCAUCUUGCAGUGAUAAAAUCAAAUUUGUCAUUUGAACAAACAAACAAACAGAUCUGAAGAGAAUUCUUUGGCCUGCAUCCUUUAAGGUUACAUUGUUACUUAUGUCAGUCAAGUGUAAACACUCUACCAUGACAGCUCGCAAUCAAUUUUUUGCCUUUGAAUUGUUGCGUUGAAGACUUGGAUGGAAAUAAAACGGCAAUAAGAUGGAGUCUGACUGCUAUCAGUUUGCGAUUGAAGGGGGUCAAGCCGGCAAUCACAUGAAAUCUGUUGAUGUCCAAAUUCACAUAAAAUAAAAAUUAACCACUUGUAUUCCCAGUCCAGCCAGAAGCCCAUAAAUUCCUCCACCACUAGUGACGUAGUUGCUGCAGGUUGGCGAUUUAACUGCAAAUCAAAUAGGUGCUGGGCAACCUUACAGGAAGAUAAACAGAAUACAACCAAUUGGCAAACUGUUGAGUUGAAUUCCCUACUGCAAAGAGAAACCACACAGAUGAGUUGCGUACACUGGCGUAGACUGACUCAGAGUCAGUGUAACAUGCAAUCUGUCUGCGUUUAUAAAUUAGAUGCAGACUGCAAUUGUUUGGAGACAUGUUGCCUCCCACCAGGCAACCGGUCUCCAAACAAUUGCAGUCUCCUUAUGACUCCUCAGCAGCUGGUCACUGCAACUUACAAUCCAUUGCAACAUGCGCAUUGACUAACUGAGUAAAUGCAGCCCAUUUGCACCCAAACUAAAGCCUGUGAACAUCCGCUAGUAUUCAUCCAGUAUCACUGCUGUUCUCCCUGUGAGGACUUGGUGAAAUCCACAUUCAUUUGCACAUUUGUUUUGAGGAUUGAGUGAUGUUUUGCAAAAAAUGCUGCACCUUUUACGGCCCGCCAUCGGCACAUCGUCAAAUUCUGUAGUUUCAGAGCAUGUGGGUGAUUAGUGUCCUUUUUUGUUGUUGGCUGUACUCAAAGGUGAAAGCCAGCUUCAUUGUGAAGCGUGAGCUGUUUGCUUCUGGCAAACGGCUAAUGGUUGUGCACUUUGUGGAGCCUUUCUAGUGUUCUGAAUGCAUCUCUGCUCCAACAAGUGGGCGGCCUCUGGAUGAAUGCGCGUCAACAGGGGGAGCGGGGAGGAAAAACACACUGUAAAUGGACAUUUCCUGCGUUUCUGGUUGUCAUGGUGAUGUCAUGACUCCUCUACAGUACAGUGUACCUGUAGCUGUGUUGUAUUUCUGUUUAUGAACUAUUGAAAUUGUAAAUUCAUUGUUUUUUGCUAUGCACUGCUCAUCAUUUCUUUCUUUUUUAAUUGUAUUCCCCUGUCCUCCAAGUCCCAGUUCACUUUCUUAUUCAAGAGUGUCACCAGGAAAUUACCGUUUUAUUUAUUCUUAAUGUAUAGCUUUAGUCAGGCUCACGAGGUGACUGUGACCUUGUAAAAAUAAAUAAAUAAAAAUAAAAAAUACACUCCUAGCUGCUACAGGUGUAGUAACGGUGUUUCUCGUCCCCGUCAUUUGCAUGUCGGUGCAGUUAAUGUAUGAAAGCUGUGCAGCUGGUAGCAUUUACCCUCCCUGGAUAUUUAGGUUUAAAUACACUUCUGUUAGUCUAGCUAGGUUAACUUAUUGGUUCUCUUUUAUAACUGUUUUAUAUGUUUUCAUGAAAAGUUGCUAAUGUUUUGUGAUCAUUUUACCUUUCUGUUUGCUUUCCGAUGGAGGAUAUGUUUAAAAUGUUUUAAAUAAAAAAAAAAAUG